UGCGACUACUCAGAUAUAAGAAGCGGCGUGGCGAGGCGCGGCGUGGAACAGAGAGGCAUCACCCAUUAACGUGGAGAAAAGUGGCGGUUUUGCCGGUAUUAUUUAACAAAUACUAACACAACAGUAACGCUAGUUGUUGAGGCAAAUAUUUGAAAUUUUAGAGGAACUUUAAACGCGCACAAUGGCCGAGAAGAUAGACAUGGAAGGAAAGGCGUCCAACGGCGAGGCGCACCUCGACGAGCCGCUGGCCAACGGAUUGACCGUCAGCAAGAGGAGCAGCUCGGAGACGGGGUCCGAGCGGGUGAAGAGGAUAGUCAAAGCCAACCUGCUGGUGAUUCUCACCGUGGCGGGGGUCAUCAUCGGUGUUUUCAUCGGGCUUGGUGUGCGCAACGUGGCGCUGACCAGAACCCAGAUCCUCUACAUCGGUUUCCCCGGUGAGAUUCUCAUCCGGCUGCUGAAGAUGAUUAUCAUCCCCCUGGUUGUGUGCAGCCUGGUGUCCGGGGCGGCCAGCAUCGACCCCAAAGCCCUGGGCAAACUUGGCGGCUGGGCUAUGCUCUUCUUCCUGGUCACCACCUUGAUUGCUUCAUCCAUCGGUGUUGUGAUGGCUUUCAUUUUAAACCCAGGGUCGGGGUCAUUAUCCAAACCGAAGGUGUCAGGCAUGGAUAGCGACGUACCUGCAUCUAAAGAAGUGAUAGACUCCUUCUUAGAUUUGGUUAGAAACAUCUUUCCCUCCAACCUGGUGUCUGCUGCCUUUCAAUCGUAUGCAACUAGCUACAAGCUGGUUACCAAGACUGGCACAGAUGGAAACCUCAACAUCACAGUGGAGAAGGUGCCGUUUGGAACAGACCAGGACGGCAUGAAUAUUCUUGGUCUGGUAGUGUUUGCCAUUGUGUUCGGUGUGGCUUUGAGGAAGCUGGGAGAGGAAGGAGAGAUCCUGAUCAAGUUCUUCAACUCCUUCAAUGAGGCUACCAUGGUGCUGGUGUCCUGGAUCAUGUGGUAUGCCCCUCUUGGUAUCAUGUUCCUUGUAGCUGGUAAGAUCGUCGAGAUGGAGGACGUUGGCACACUGUUUGCCAGCCUGGGGAAAUAUAUAGCCUGCUGUAUGAUUGGACAUGCCAUUCAUGGCUUUAUUGUGCUCCCUGGCAUCUACUUCAUCAUUACAAGAAAGAACCCAUACACCUUCCUCUGGGGGAUAUUCACAGCUCUGGCAACAGCCUUUGGAACAAGCUCCAGCUCUGCCACCCUGCCCCUGAUGAUGAAGUGUGUGGAGGAAAAUAACGGCGUAUCAAAGCACAUCAGCCGCUUUAUCCUGCCCAUUGGAGCGACGGUCAACAUGGACGGAGCUGCUCUCUUUCAGUGUGUGGCUGCUGUUUUCAUUGCUCAGCUGAACGAAACUCAUCUCAACUUUAUCCAAGUCAUUACCAUCCUUGUGACAGCUACAGCAUCCAGUGUUGGAGCAGCAGGUAUCCCUGCUGGUGGUGUGUUGACUCUAGCUAUCAUUCUGGAGGCAAUCGGAUUGCCCACCAAUGACAUCUCUCUCAUCCUGGCUGUUGACUGGCUUGUCGACCGUACCUGCACAGUGCUGAACGUGGAGGGCGAUGCCUUUGGAGCCGGGCUCUUGCAGUUCUUUGUGGACCGUACAUCCAAGCAGGAGGAAGGAGCGGACCUGAGCGAAGUCAGGCUGGGAGAGCAGUCAACCGCGGCACCCGAGCACUCACCACUCAUUGAGAAACGAGGCGGGAGGGACAACGCGGAAGGUGCUAACGCUGUGCUCUCCAGUGAAAAAGAGUCUGCUAUGUAAUCCAGCUGCUGACAUCACCAGUGAAAUCCUCAUAUAUCUGACACUCCCCUGAGCUGAAACCUGAGGUUCUGGCCCCCUUUUCCUUUUUUUUCUGCCUUGAAGAAAAGAGUGUGUGAAGAGAGGAUGGACAUGCACACUACAAUGCAAAGAAAAGCCCCCUGUUGAUAUCAACGUCUGUCUGGGCGAAAAGCUAAAACAUCAUGGCAGAAAUUCAAAAUCCUUUUUUUUUUUUUUUUUUUAGGGACAGUGUUGUUCAUUAGUCUGGCUACUGUGUAGACUCUAGACAUUUUGGUCACUCCUCAUUCAUUUUAAAGUCAGAAUUUAUCAUCUGACCAAGUUGUAUAUACCAGUUAUUCAUCAGUCACUAGUAGGAUGAUCACAUGACCAAUAUAAAGUUCUGCCACAGUAAUAUAUAUUGGGUCAGUGAACUCCUGCAAGAUGUCAAUAGAGGUAAUAACAGAUAUAAGGUCAUUAACAGUAGAUAUGUUACAUUAAUUUAUGAAGAAAUGCAAAUAUCUACCCAUUAGUUCGCUGUUACCACUUUGUAUCAUCUCAUUUACUCAUUUACUUAAAGCACACAUGAGUAAACCACUGGUAUUUAUCACUUGGUUUUGACAGCAACUUCCUAGUGGAAAAUUUCGACUUUAAAAUUUGAUGAGGACCACCAUACAGCACAGCUUGCUGCACCCAGUCUGUGUUAGCCUUACAAAAGUCUUUUAUAGUCUUCAUCUGGAAUCCAUUACAUUCAAAAUGUUUUUGUUACCAUCACCCUUUUUGUAAAUUCAAUUAAAUUUUUGUCACAUUUCAAUCUUCUGGAGCAGGAAAAUAAUCAAGAAAGAUCAUACAUGUUGACAUAUCAAUUUAUGCUUUUUAUAUGAAGAUACAUUACUUGUGUAUUUUAUCAUACAUGGUUACAGGCACUUUCAUACAUAUUUUAUCCAAUUUUUUAUUUAAACUAUAUGUAAAUGAACACAACUAUAUUGCAAAAAGUCUGUGAAAAUGGCUGUGAUGAUGUGUGAAAAAAUACACAAAUGUGUUUUUAUAGUUUUUUUUUUUUUUUUUUUUUUGGUGGCUGAAGGCUUUUAUUAGUGUUAUUGUGUCUGCAGUUAUUUCAUGCCAGUGGUUAGGUACAACGCCUUUCUCAUAGUGAGAAAGAGCAAUACACAUGUAAAACUUGUUCUCCGAAUUAUAUUUAUACUCCGAAAGCACACCAAAUUAAAUCAUAUCCUCAGUUAUGUCCCAAAGCUGAAUGAAGAAACCUUUUACUCAAGGACUCAGUAUGUCAACAUGCAUGGACGCACACACAUUGACCUCUGAGUGUUUCUGCCUCUUCAGAUGGACCUCAGUACUGUGGCAGGCAACAUAACCUCAGGUUUAACUAAUGCUUGAAGACUGUCCUUCAGCGGUUCUUUAAUACUCUGAGACCAAAAAAUCCACAUCGACUCAGCAAACAGGAAGGAGAACUCUUAAUGACAUUUCCAGGGAGAUGUGGUUUUUUUUUAUUAUAGCCCACAUUUAACUCAUGCUGUUGCUCUUUGUAGCUUCCAGCACCUCAGAAAGGCACAAAUGGGUUUGAAAGCACAGUCUGUGACAAGAAGGACAAUUUGUCUGAUGUUGUAAAAAGUAUGGUGUGUGUGUGCGCGUGUACAAGGAUGCCUCUACAUUGUCAGAAGUUCAUUUUGACUGUUGACAUGCAAGUCACCCUUAAACCUAUUUAUGUUUUGGCUAUAUUGGUCACAAACAUUAAAUACUUGUUUUAUUUGCUUUAGCCCUCCUUGUAUAUCAUUGUUACUGCCUCAGAUAAUUACUUGUUUAAUUCAUAUUUAUUUCUCUAAUCAAAAUCCAAAGAAUUUUUUGGCCAAUGUUCUCACAUUUUAGUAACUCUAAAUUGACUUUUUUUUCGCCAUCUUCAAGUCCUCUUGUAAUGGUUUGGUGAACACUUUUUUAUCAUUAAGUUCACCUUUUCUUGGUCUUAUUUCUAACUUGUGGGUUAGUCUAAUCUGUGUGCAAGGUGUUUCCAUUUGGUGAUUUUUCUCAUGCAGUUUUUACAGUGGGCAUUUGGGAAGCUUCAGUACUUGAGACAUUGGAAAAUGUGUGGUGUAGCAGUGACAAGAUGAAUUUUAUUGGCUGUACAGGAAAGAGAUAUACUGCUUAUCAUUUUUAUAUAUAUAUAUGUGUGUAUAUAUAUAAUGAUGAUUAACUGUAAAGUUGCACUAUUGAAUGUUUUUCUUCUUUAACUGUUUGAAGCUCUACCAAAUUACUGGAGUAUGUGCUACUUAUGUUAAACUGAAUUUAUCAAGAAAAUCUUUUCACUAAAUUCAAGUCAACAAUCUUUUGCUGUAUUUUCCAUGGUCAUCUAUGAUAUCAUAACAGACCUAAGGUCUCAUCAUUUUUCUACAGUUUUAUAUGACACUAGAGAGCUAAAACAUUAAUCAGAGCCUCUCCAACAGCCAUUUUGAUUCUGUUUAAAGCUUUUUUGGUGCACGGUUGUAAAGAUGUUAUCAUUCCUUUGAGAUCUUUCACCAUAUGGAUGUCUGUCUGGUUGGAUUAUUGUAUUUGUGUUUUGUGUAUGCACAUGGCAGUCAUAGCGAUUUCAUUGCAGUGGGACAAUGUGUCAAAGAAACUUCCCAGUUACAGUAUGAAUCUACUGUCUAUAGAUUUUAAACAAUAAAUGCCUUUUUUUAUUA